UUGAGACAAUCAGACAAAUUCUUGUUCAUAAUUUGUCUCUCCUAGUGGAGUUACUAUUACCGGCAUAAACCAUCCCUUGCUCUUUUCGAUGUCUUUCUGGAUUUCUACCAUCAACGAAUCAUAUUAGGAAUUGGUUUUGGCAAAGAUAGUAACAGCGCAGAGAAAAUAAACAGUUCAGGGUAUAUUACGAAUGACUUUACUUCAUCUCAAAGUUGUAAUAUCUCACCAAAAAGACGAAUAGGGACUUUAUUUAAAGUUAAACAAUGUCAGACAAAAGACAAGGAUAUCGACAAAUUGUGGAUACCUCUCGCGUAUCGUCGACAACUGAUGUGGGAAUGGAACAACGACAGCGGUUGUUUCCACGUUCUCCAGCCCUACAAAAAUCUCACACAGGAAGUUUAGAACGUGUUGAUGAAGAACCAAGCACUAUUGCGGAUUCCUCGACUGACCACAAAUAUAAAGCAGAAGAAAUGUUUCACAGUCAUCAUGGAGAGCAAACACAUUAUGCGCAUGACGGACGUUUUAAAAAACCAGCGCAACAAGGAUACUUUCGUUUCCCUGAGACGCCACCAUAUUAUGAAAAUAGAUACGCUUGUGGGAAUUCCAUGUGUAGAGAAGCUCACUAUUGUUAUGAACAUCAUAUGAACUCAUCAAUUCCUAUGCCGCCCAGUCCAUACAAUUGUCAUCCUAACAUUAUGCGCCCAGUUUGUCGAACAUCGCCUUUAUUUAUGAACCCAAAUCACAUAAAAAGUGCUGAACUACUACGACCAAAACCUGAAUGGCCAACGAGUUAUCGAACGACAAAUACACCAUCAACCCCGGCGCAAUUUUUAGCUUCCCUAUCUAACAAAGACAAUAAUAGUAUCCCUCCCUCAACAGCUACUUCGUUGCGAUCGAGUAAUUUAGACAAUUUUAUGCAUCCUUCAACCUUCCCAAGUCCUAGACAAUCAGCGCGUUUAGCGCGGAAACGGGCGAUGUCAUCUUCACCACUCUCUAUCGAUUCAAUCGAUAUUAACAGCUUAAUUCGUACAUCCCCAGACUCGUUAAUUGCCUAUAUCAAUGCACCAAGGCUUUCGUCUGCCGGUUCAUAUGGACAUCUUAGCGCAAAUGGUAUAAGCCCUUCACCUAAACCACCCCGUUCCUCCUCAAUGCGGUCACCAUUAAUUAGUUGCUGGCAGUCCACGUCGACUGGUAAAAGUACAAAGCCACAAUUCAACCAUGCAAAGCCGAGCUCUGAGGAAACGGCGCAAACGAUUAAGAAAGAAAUAUCGACGGAAAGGCAAAUAAAGAGAGAAGAGGAAAGCAUGAUGGUGGAUGGUGAAGAAAACAAAUUGCCUGCUGUCAGUUCACCAGCGGAAACGGAUAAGCGCGAGUCAGACGCUGAGAAUGAGGAGAAUAAUGAAACAGCAGGAAAAGAUGAAAAUAAUAAUGAAUUCUUAUGCUUAUGGAAGGAUUGUAAUAUUCUGUUUCAAACACAAGAUGAACUAGUAAAACAUGUGAACACUGAUCACAUCAAGAAAGAAAGACGAGAUUUUACAUGUCAUUGGGUAGAUUGUCAGCGAGAACAAAAGCCAUUCAAGGCCCAGUAUAUGUUGGUUGUUCACAUGAGAAGACAUACCGGAGAGAAGCCAAAUAAAUGUACAUACAAAGGCUGCAAUAAAGCUUAUUCCAGAUUGGAGAACCUAAAAACACAUGAAAGAUCUCAUACUGGCGAAAGACCGUAUGUGUGUGAAUUUGAAAACUGUAGUAAGGCCUUUACCAACGCCUCUGAUCGUGCUAAGCAUCAAAACAGAACUCAUUCCUCCGUGAAACCAUACGUAUGUACAGUUGCGGGUUGCACCAAGCGAUACACAGAUCCAAGCUCUCUCAGAAAACAUAAGAAGACGUGCCACCCAGAACAUUUCGCUGGGGCGAAAAAGCCGAAAGUCGACGAAGGUAAAGGUAAACCCGGCAAUGAUGCUACGAAAAGCAAUACGUCAUCAAAACCCACUGCGAAUAAUUCAAAGGGAAAACAAAAUCAUACCUCGAAUAACAACAGCAACCAAAAUGGAGAUCCAUCCAGUCCUGGCGGAAGAGAUCAGAAAGAGAGCGGACAAGGGAAGAAUAUAUCAAAUCUGCCACGUGGUGACUUUUCCCCACAGAGCUUCACUGGAGAUUUAACCUCAUCGUCUAGCUGUAUAGACAGCCCACAUUCAGCAAAUAUUGUAUGGGACGAACAUGAAGAAAACACUACGAUUCCCCAAAGUAGGCCAAACAACAAUCAAAAUAAGAAGAGUGUUUCCCCUAAAUCACCCCAGGCGGUGGUUCCUUAUCCGUUUCAAGAUAUUUCAGGCCCUCCACAAGAGGUGGGAGGGGAAGUCCUUGUUGAAACUCCAGUCGUGCCUAACCAAUUCUCUCUUCCAACUAUCAAUAAACAGAAUGAAGUUGGUAAGUGGAUUGAAGAUGUCACCCAGAGAAUGAGCCAUGUUGGUCGAUAUCCCAACGACUUGAGGGAAAAUCUCCAAGUUGAUAACAGUAGCCGACGUUCGAGCGAGAGUGGCGUGUCUUCAUACAUCAGUAGUCGACGUUCAAGCGAGAUGAGUACGCUUACUAGACCACCACACGGUGCAGUUCCACCACUAGUUGAAGAGACACUAGAAAGCAUGUAUCCACCCAACAAACAAGCAAGUGAUGCCCAUCAGAUGCAACAACAACUACCAAAACUGAAACAAUGGAGCAAUAAUCCUAGACGCCACGAAUAUUUCGAUGACGUGGUCAGACCAUCACCUAUACCACCAGACACCUUCCAUGCUGAUCAAAGACGGUCUAGCAGUGGAUACGGCAGCCAUCAUAACCUAGCUGUGAUUCGAAGCCCUGUUUUUCAUAAAGUACCCAUUCAGAACCCCAAUGAUCCAGCGCCUAAUAGAAGAAUGAGCGAUAGUAUAAUAUGUGAAGCCGAUAGUUCAAACCGAUAUUUACCUCUACGCAACAACAUAGGACCGAGACGAAGCAGUGAGCCCGCAACUCAUUAUUACUCUAAUGAAUUCCACCCGCAACAUUAUCCGCAAAGGAGACCAAACCCUCCACCCAUGCCUGAUAUUACAUACAGACAACCAAAUAUGAUCAACAACCAAAGGUACCCACCCCGUCCUCAACCUCUAGAUAGAGGACAAAAGCUAUCACAUUACCCAUACUCAAUGGAGACACCUGGCAACCAGGAUUACCUUUACCCACCCCACCCUCCCACUCAACCUCAAGGGCCUAGGGCCCAGCAACAAAAAGGUUUAUGGCAAUAUGAACAACAUAUUAACCAGCAAUUACUCCAGGCAAGAGACCAGCAAGAACCAAACAACUGUAUUCCUGGUCAAGCGUAUUCCAAUGAACGAGUUAUGAAUGGGCAGGUCCCGGCGAACAAUGGUCGAGCUAUGAAUGGACCAGGCAAUGAAGGCUCGUAUGAGUCGAUGCUAAAUGGUAUAAGUAAUCUAAACACGAAUGAAGUUGUAGAAGAAUCUGUUUUACAAAAUAGUCCGUCCAACAUGGUAGUAAAUGAUAUGAACACUUUAUUGAAUUCCUUGAUAGAAGAAGAUAGAUAUUUGGAAAAGACUCAAGAACAUGGCAAUAUGUCCGCCCUCUCGCAUAUAUUUUAAAACAUCCUUUUCCAGGAAAUCUAUUGACAACGUUUUAAAUAAGCAGAUUUUGCGGCCACGGGUCAUUUGACGCCAAAACUGACAGUUAGGUUACAGUUAUCUCAGAAGAGUUUUUGAAAUAUUGCGAAUGAAUAAACCGUUGUAAGAAAACACUCGAUACAACAGGACCUUA